AUGUCGAUACUGAGUCGAGAGGAGGUUGAGAAGCACUCGACACGCGAGUCGUGUUGGGUAGCUAUUCAUGGUUCCGUUUACGAUGUCACUGAGUUCCUCGAUGAGCAUCCAGGUGGCGCACAGGUAAUUCUUCGCUGCGCAGGCAAGGACGGUACUGCAGACUUCGAUUCAGUCCACGAUAAAGACGUGCUCUCGCAAGCUCUGCCACCAUCGGCACUCAAAGGCAUUAUCCAACCAGACACUCUCGUGAAGGCAUCCAGGCCCCUUCCCAAGACAUCGGCGACAGCAGAAGAAAACCCUCCGCCUCCGCUAAGCAGUAUAAUAAACCUAAACGACUUUGAGAAGGUAGCUCAGCAACAUCUUUCCCCUCACGCAUGGGCGUAUUAUUACUCCGGAGCCGACGAUGAGAUCAGCAAACGCGAAGGUCAAGAAGUUUAUCAAAGGUUGUCCUUCCGUCCUCGAAUUCUCCGCAGCAUUCGCAGCGUGGACACGGCGACCUCGAUUCUGGGCCAGUCUGUCUCGUUGCCAGUCUACAUGAGCCCGUGUGGAAUUGCUAAAUUCGCACAUCCGGACGGAGAAUGCGCAAUGGCUGUCGCAGCGGGCGAGGAAGGAUUGGCGCAGGUGCUGGCGAAUGGCUCUAGCAUGUCCAUUGAUGCUGUGCGAGCGGCUGGCAUUCACCCCAAUCAGCCGCUCUUCCAGCAGGUGUAUGUCAACAAAGAUAUACAAAAGUCGGAGGAGACAGUCCGACGAGCUGUGAAAGCAGGUGCUAGUGGAUUUUGGAUUACAGUCGACUCCCCUGUUGUUGGGAAGCGGGAGAUGGAUGAGAGAUUAAAUCUUGAGGUUCAGGCGCGCGACUCUUCUGUCAAAGGACAAGGUGUCGCAAAGACCAUGGCCAGCUCCAUCUCGCCGUAUAUUGACUGGGAUAUUCUCAAAUGGAUCCGUGGACUUACCGAUUUGCCGGUGGUGAUUAAAGGUAUCCAGUGUGUGGAAGAUGCAGUUUUGGCAUAUCAACAUGGGGUACAGGGAAUAGUCCUGUCCAAUCAUGGUGGAAGGUCUCAAGAUACCGCUCAACCUCCACUUGUCACUUUACUCGAGAUCCGACGAUAUGCACCACACCUUAUCGAAAGUAACAUGCAAAUCUUCAUCGAUGGGGGCAUUCGACGUGGAACAGAUGUUUUGAAGGCCCUUGCAUUAGGUGCAACCGCUGUUGGGCUUGGACGGCCAUUCCUGUUCAGUCUGGCAGCAGGUUAUGGAGCCGACGGGAACCGUCGAGCUAUUCAAAUCUUGCGGCAAGAAAUCGAGAUGAACAUGGUAUUUUUGGGAGUGACGAAGCUGUCGGAAUUAGGGCCACAUUUGGUGAAUUCGAUGAGGCUAGAGCGAGAUGUAGUUGGCUCGGUGAAACUGUGA